AUGGCCGACCCUAAGGCAUCAGACACCAUCACGCCGGGUGGUUAUCACUCGGCCCCGGGACCGGGUUCAGAUUCCUGUGCGGCGAACGUCAUCCAAAAUGCUAAGGCGGCCGCAGAGAAGGAGCGAUCUAUGACUUUGAUGCAGGGUAUCCGACUGUAUCCGAAGGCUGUUAUGUGGAGCGUGCUCAUCUCAACCUGCAUUGUCAUGGAGGGCUACGAUAUUAGCUUGGUGAACAACUUCUAUGCCUUUGAUCAAUUCAAUCGCAAGUAUGGCGAGCUUAUUGGUAAUGACGAAUAUCAAGUAUCUGCGCCGUGGCAAGCAGGUCUGAGCAACGGCGCCUACUGCGGCGAAAUCAUCGGUCUUUUCAUCAACGGUUGGGCCUCCGAACGUUUCGGUUACCGGUACACGAUCAUGGCCUGCCUCAUACUGGUUACUGCGUGGACGGCAAUCUUCUUCACGGCUCAGAAUGUGCAAGCGCUGCUUGCAGCGGAGAUUCUCUGCGGUAUUCCAUGGGGUGUUUUCCAGACCCUGACCAUUACCUAUGCGUCGGAGGUGUGCCCUGUGGCGCUGCGAGGAUACCUGACCACCUAUGUCAAUUUCUGUUGGGGUCUUGGUCAGCUUAUUGGCAUCGGUGUGAUUAUGGGUAUGCUGGAUCGGACUGAUGAAUGGGCCUACCGUAUUCCAUACGGACUGCAAUGGAUGUGGCCGGUGCCGCUCUUCGUUGCCAUUUGGCUUGCGCCCGAAUCCCCUUGGUGGUUGGUUCGUAAAGGUCGCACUGAAGAUGCGAAGCGGGUCCUUCUGCGGUUAACCAGUAAGAGUCAGCAAGGAGACUUUGAUCCCGACGAGACUAUUGCUAUGAUGGUUCACACUACCGCCCUGGAGGAGAAGAUCACCAAGGGUGCCAGCUACUUGGACUGCUUCAAAGGCACCGAUCUCCGCCGUACUGAAAUUGUCUGUAUGGUUUGGGCGAUGCAAAAUCUAAGCGGAAACUCCUUCUCCAAUUAUUCCACCUACUUUUUGACACAGGCUGGACUGAGCGAAAGCAACUCAUACGCCUUCGCCAUGGGUCAAUAUGGCAUCAACAUGGUUGGCGUUUUUGGAGCAUGGUUCCUUAUGACCCUUGGAAUUGGCCGCCGAACGCUGUGUCUGUGGGGCCUUUGUGGACUCUGCACCAUGCUAAUGAUCAUGGGUUUCCUUGGGUUGGUUCCUGAAGAGAACAGGAACCAAGGCUCCCUAGCUACGGGAGCUAUGAUGUUGGUCUGGGCCUUGUGCUACCAACUAACUGUUGGUACGGUCUGCUACUCUCUUGUAGCAGAACUCUCCACCCGCCGUCUGCAAAUCAAGACAGUUGUGCUCGGUCGCAACCUGUACAACAUCGUCGGCAUCAUUUGCGGCGUUCUGACCCCUUACAUGUUGAACCCCAGCGCCUGGGACUGGGGCAACUAUGCUGGUUUCUUUUGGGGCGGCAUCUGCUUCUGUUGUAUUAUCUACACUUACUUCCGCGUCCCAGAACCUCGUGGUCGCACAUUCGCUGAGCUUGAUAUGCUCUUUGAGCGUGGUGUGAGCGCUCGCAAGUUUGCGACCACCCAUGUGGACGUGUUCGACGAAAAUAUCGCGGGGCACGUCAUUGAUGAUUAUCGCACCGAGAAGAAUGCCAUGACUGAUGUCAACCAAUUAGAGAAAAAUGACACGAUAUGA